UAUCAUGCAUUCAUUGGUUUGCUUGCUUUUUGCAAAGUAACACAGAAGAAGAAUUGUUCGUAAUUUUCGCUAAACCUCAAACAAGUCACAAAAGUUCUACUAGAAGAAGGCAGUUUUGCUGAAAACCGAGUGAUAUCUGUUAAAAAGUGGAAAAUAAGUUCGAGACAAACGAGUUCCAGUCACAACUCGUGGUCAACACAGGAGGAUAAACAGAGGAUAGCAACGAGUUUAGCACUAGACGGUACAAUUCGACAAUUCCGGAGCAAUUUCGCGCUGAAAACCGAGUGUUUGAAAGUGAAAGGCAACUUUGCAAAAAAUUAAAGUUUCAAAACAGAACAUUUUGCGGUACAAACAGUGAUCCCGAGUGGAUAACGGAAAGUUCUUCAAAUCUUAUACGAGAGUUUUACGGAGAAUCCCAGUCAACACAUACGUAAAAUGAUGGCUGUCGCUGCUGCCCAAAAGAACCGCGAAAUGUUCGCCAUCAAGAAGUCCUACAGCAUCGAGAAUGGAUACCCAUCUCGCCGCCGUUCCCUAGUCGAUGACGCUCGCUUUGAGACGAUCGUAGUCAAGCAAACCAAGCAAACGGUUUUGGACGAGGCCCGCACUAAGGCCAACGAAGAUCCCAACAUGGAGGACGCCGUCCCAGAACAGCAGCUGCAAGCUGAUGAAGUUCCACAGAUGGAAGAAAACCAAGCCACAUCUCAGGAUGAAAUUGACGACGCUGGCCUAACGGAGGAGGAAGUCGUUCUGCAGAACGCCGCUUCCGAAUCGCCCGAGGCCGAAAAGCAGGUGGUCCGUGCCGCCGUCGUGGUGCACCUACGCGACGGCAUGGGCUCCCUGGGACGUAUCCUGAAGGCUGUCGAGACGUACCACGGAACCGUGGUGCACCUGGAGUCGCGCCAAUCGCGCAGCGAAGGUGUGCAGUUCGAUGUGCUGAUCAAGGUGGACAUGGCCCGGUCCAACCUGUUGCAGCUGAUCCGCUCGCUCCGCCAGACGGCCUCGUUCGGCAGCGUCAGUCUGCUGGCCGAGAACAACGUCAGCGUGAAGGCCCCGUGGUUCCCGAGCCACGCCUCCGAGCUGGACAACUGCAACCACCUCAUGACCAAGUACGAACCGGACCUGGACAUGAACCACCCCGGUUUCGCCGAUCAGGUCUACCGUGCCCGCAGGAAGGAGAUCGCCGAAAUCGCUUUCGCCUACAAGUACGGAGACCCAAUCCCACACAUCAACUACACCGAAACCGAGAACAAGACGUGGUCGGCCGUUUUCAACCGCGUCAAGGAGCUGAUGACCAAGCACGCCUGCUCCGAGUAUGUGGCCGUUUUCAAGAAGCUGGAGGACGAGAAGAUCUUCGUCAAGGAACGCCUGCCGCAGCUGCAGGAGAUGAGCGACUUCCUGCGCAAGAACACCGGCUUCACGCUGCGCCCGGCCGCCGGUCUGCUAACUGCCCGGGACUUCCUGGCCUCGUUGGCAUUCCGCAUCUUCCAGAGCACGCAGUACGUCCGACACAUCAACUCGCCAUACCACACACCCGAACCCGACUGCAUCCACGAACUGCUUGGCCACAUGCCCCUGUUGGCCGAUCCGAGCUUCGCUCAGUUCUCCCAGGAGAUCGGUCUCGCCUCGCUGGGCGCGUCGGACGAGGAAAUUGAAAAGCUCUCUACGGUCUACUGGUUCACCGUAGAGUUCGGUCUGUGCAAGGAAAACAACGAAGUCAAGGCCUACGGUGCCGGUCUGCUGUCGGCCUACGGAGAACUGCUGCACGCCAUCAGCGACAAGCCCGAGCACCGCGCUUUUGACCCGGCCAGCACCGCCGUCCAGCCCUACCAGGACCAGGAAUACCAGCCAAUCUACUACGUCGCCGAGAGCUUCGAGGAUGCCAAGGAAAAGUUCCGCCGCUGGGUCUCGACCAUGUCCCGGCCAUUCGAGGUCCGCUUCAACCCACACACCGAGCGCGUUGAAGUGCUCGAUUCCGUCGAGAAGCUCGAUACCCUGGUGUCACAGCUCAACACCGAAAUCCUGCAUCUGACAAAUGCUAUCGCCAAGCUGCGACAACCGUUCUGCUAAAGAGCUGCACGAAACUACUGCGAAUCCUGUGUCGUCCAUCAGGUCCGAGUGCCAUCGGGUUGUCGGAAGCCCUGCAGAAGUUCGAAAACUCGCUGCAGUCUUUCCACGUAUCGCCCCGUUCAGGCACUCGCGAGCCAAACUAACCCCAACGAAGCAACAAAUGACGAACGACCCCGGAUAUACCAGAUGGUUUUAUUUUAAACUACUAUAACACGAUCAACAGCCAAAAACUGCAACAGGUCAACAACAGUAUUCUCACACCUCUCUAUGGGACCCCAUCCUGGGACGCCAGGAUGAAGCCCUCAAUGCACAACCCUACGGAUCCUACAAACCCAUCCCGUCCCACGCGACGCAACAGAUCACACCAAACCUCGAGGUAGCUUUCGUUCAUAUUUUCCGGAGAAUAUGAACGAUCACACACAAGCAGGAGAUCAACCGUGCCCUCAAACCGGGGUGCGGUAGACGAGACACUUUCAGGCCCAACUUUUGGAAUUCGAACAAAAUUUCGCGAUCUGAGUGUUCAGCGAAAUCACCACAAUCCUACAGUUCCAAACAAACAUCAUCUGACAGGCAUAAGGUCCACUGUUGCGACCAAAACCCCCUCAAUUCCCCUGCACCCAAACCCUACCUUCUAUUUUAUAUUUUCAUAAAAUAUCCCUAAUGUACAUCGAUCAUUGUAGAGUAGAGAUACUUUGUAGGAGCCUAUCUUUUAUUUAAAGAUUCGUAAUUUAAGUAUUAUUUACUAUUUAAAUUAGCGGUAAAUCUUAAAUUAUUCCAUUUUUGAGCUAGAACGUGUUGCAGCUUCUUCUCUUAGACGGCGUGGAGGGCCACUCUCGCUCCGGGCUUCUUGACUAGGGGGAACACGACCCGUCAAGUGUUCGCGGAGCCAUCCAUCGAUCCUUCCGAUCUCCCACCCCACAAAAUCCCCCUUCCGCAAAUGAGUGACUGCUUUUGUGGGCAUAACACCAUUCGGAUUGGGGCGGGUUGCUUCGGACGCCUCCGUUAGAUCCCUUGCCGGCGACAAUCCUCGCAAAAGAGCGGUUCGGACUCCCCCAAAGAGCUGUAGAGGCCCCUCCCGCGAUUAGCUAGCGGAACGUGCGCGCGAAACGUUAGAUAUUAAUUGUGAAUCAAACAUCAAAACACAUCAAACAGCCAAGCCUGCAACCAUCCUCGACUGUCAUUAAUCUCAAAUGUGUUUGUUUUUUAUUAUUAUUUUUAUACGAAGCAAAAAUUUUAUAUUUAUAUUUUUUACCUAAGCACAACCACACUCUCAAACGAGUAAAAAAAAAAUCAUGACAAAAAAAUCUAUUGCUAUUAUACACAUCAACAUGUGCAGCAAAUCUAUACCUUUAUUAGAAUAUCAAUAAAAAAAACUUAUGUAGAUCUACAAAAACUAAGUCCAAAAUUCAUCUAUUCCAGCCCAGAAGAAAACAAGCAUAAGUUGCAAAAGCAAAGCAAAACCAUUGUUGAGAACAAUACAUCAAAAAAUAAAGAACAAACGUAUGUGUCUGCGAUAUUGUAUAAGAUUUAAGGAAUGAGCGUUAUUUGUUGUUGUUGCAAGCAAACAAAGCGAAUGAGUUGUAAAAAAAUCGAUUGAUAGAAAAACAUGUGAAACGAACAUUUGUGACGAAAUAAUCAGUGGAAAAAGCAAAACAUUACCCAAACCCGUCUUUAUCAUUUCUCUACUUCACAAACUGUCUCAAAACCCAUGUUCCCUAUGUUGAUCCCACUUUCGUUCCGAUAUCGAAAAAAACCUUCCCAGUUGAUUUUGGUUGUCUCGGUUUGUCUUUGUGAUGAAAAUGAUCAAAAUACUCCUUUUCGGUUUAACCUUGAGAAAUUUUAAUUCUGCCAUUUUUUUCGGAUCGAUAAACAUGUUGCUACUCGUUAAGGCUUCUAGAAUCUAAGACGAGAAAAACAAUUCUCAAAAUACAAGGAAAUUGUGGUUGACAAAUAAAAACAGCACACUGAACAAAACAAUAAGUGAAAUCAAUCGUAGUGAAACAUAUUGGUGGUAUAUAAAUCAGUAUCCGUCAUUGCUCGUUGAAGGAAUGUUUAAAAAAGUUAUGUGCAUA